UCUUUAUUUCCAGACUGUGAUUCCUGUGCAAGUGAAUAAAAUGCCUCCUAGAAGACACCAUACAACCAUCAUCAAAGGCUCUCUCCAUAUACUAUUGGUGCUAUGUCUGGGUUCUUACUCCCAGACCACCAAGGUAGAGCAGGGGUCAGAAGACACUAAUCACCAUGAUGACAGAGCUGGAGGAGGGGUUCAUCUUAACCUGAAGGAGGGCACUGUUAUGGGAAACUAUGAGGCGGGUCAGACACAGGUCAUGAGUAUUCAACGUGACAGCAGGCAUCCUAAAUAUGGAAGUUGCUGGAUCAACGCCUUGGAGGCUGUAUCUACAGGCUGUAAAAGGCUGACAGAUGAUGAGCAGAGUCGUAUGGCCUUGACACUGGCCAACUGUCACCUUGCCAAGGCUGGCUUUGAUACGUACCCAUGUGAUGACACAAUGGACAUCAGAGACUGUUUGAACCCUAUGAAAGGGGACAGCAUCUCAUUCAAUGCUUACACUGAGUUCUUCACCCACACACAAGAUAUCUGCUUUUUUCUUCAGAGUCAGGUUUGGCACCAGCAGACAGAGGACACCGUUGAGAAGCUAGCCCAGAGCUCUGAGGAUGUGGCUGUUCAGCUUGAGGUGACAGGCAGGCUACAGGAAGACAUGAUCAAACAGCAGAAUGAGAGCUUGAAGAACCAACAAGAGAUCCUAGCACAAGAAGCAAAACUCAAUCAAGCAUUGAAGAGCUCAACCAAUAGUAUCCAUGAGGUGUUUGCAGAGAUGAAAAGCAGCACUCUGGAGCAGAAAGCCUUGUUUGCCGAGACCUUUGACCGAGUGGCACAGGUCCAGAGGUUGAUGCUAGGAGAGUUCACAUGGUUCAACUCUGUGAUAUACUUUGUGGUGGUGGUGCUCCUAGUGUACAUGGUGACAGCCACACCUCGUACGGCCUCCGCAAGAUUCUCACUCUUUCUCCUGCUUUUAGUGAAUUGGUUCAUCGAGUCGGUCAUGUUUCGCAUCAUCGAUUCCAGUGAUCAGACCGUGUUUCACGCCAACACCUGGUGGUGUCGGAAGAUCUUCUGCUGCCUUGGUCUCUUACUUCUCAUCUACCGAGCCUCCCAGUACAAGGACUACAAUCAGAUCAACCACAGGAUUCUCCUUCAGAUCCAAACACACAUUCAGCAGCAAAAGAUCAGUGCCUCGAAUAACCCCUAUAUGUUGACGCAGGGUCUGAUCCAGAGUAGCAGCGCUGCAUCCCUGUCUAUUGCCUCGCCCCUCAAAGUGCCUGCCAUUCAAGAUAGAGUUGGCCAAACCAUAAAAUCGAAAUCCACCUCCAGACAUGACAUCACAGGUUUCAGCAGUGACAGCGAUGUCGACACGACCUUUAACCCUGAGAAUCUGGCAUCUUCAGAAUCACAGUACUCUAGCUCUUCAGACCAAAGUUUUAUGACUGCUGAACCAGCCAGUAGGAAGCAGAGUAUAGCGGAUCAACAAGCUUCUAAAACACCUUUCAGGACUAACUCACAUGGAUUGCAAACAGAUGACACAGGAUCUUCAGCUAAACGGAAACGAGGUCGACCAAAGGGGAGUAAAAACAGGACUUCAAGAGAAGGAACACCAGUCCCUAACCUGAGCUUCCAGUCCCCGUACAACCUUCGUCACCGGGUCCUCCAGCAGUCCCCGAACCCUCUCCUAGACCUUGAAACAACCUUCAUGUUUGCCCAGCAAGUAGAGAGCAUGGCUAGCAGGCACUAUGUCAUUCAGAGAAAGACAACCCCAUCAUCUGGUGAAUCCAGAAGCAGGAGAAGCAAGAGCCCGACCAAAUCAAGAAAGGGUCCAGCUUUCUUCUCGUCCGAUGAAGAGCCAUGAGUGAAGAGGGAGGUCUGAGAAUGCACAGACUUGGACCCGGGUUUUAGGAGUAAGGUGUGAAUGAUGAUUUUUAGCUGCAAUCCUGUUGAAGUGUUGAGUGUUUUUGCUCAUGGCAUCUUCCAAAAUUUUCUAUUUCUUAAACUAGCUUUGCAUUUAAAUUAUGAGCUUGAUUAAAACAGAUAGUUGCACAGUAACCCAAGGUGUGCAAGAUUGUUAAUAGCAAAUGUCAGGUUAGAUGCUUUAACCUCUGCUCUUAAUGUUUUUACAAGUACUGAACUUAGGAAAACUUGUACUACUGUAUUUCAUUUCACUCAGUAAGUUAGAUUGUACAGGGUACCCAUGCUUUAAAGAGGGUUUCCAGACCAUUAGUUCCUUGUUAUUCCUAACUCUAUUUAUUACCGAGUAGGUGGAAAAGGGUGACAGGAAAUACAUGUCUGCAUCAUCUUUCUUUAUCACUGUAUCACUUUAAUGUGUAUAUACAGUAGAACCUCAUUACUCUCGUUUUAACCAGCUCAUUGUAAGAAGCAAUUUUACCAGUCUCCCUUCUUUGUGCACUAUUGUUUUCUAGCACUGAUAUAAGAAAGUUCCAACGUUAAGGUAAUUUUACAGGUCCUAAGGAGUUUAGUAUAACAAGGUUCCAUGAUAUACCAAUGAUAUUCCAUGACGUUUACUUGCUGAAUUACCUUGAACUGAUUCUCCUCUCCUGUUGUACUGACAUGCUUAGUAUCGUCCUUGUUUUCACGAAGUGACGGUAGUGAGGAAAAUCGUCACGCAAAGUGAAUGCAAUUUUUUUUCACUACCGUCACUUCGUGAAAACAGCGACGGUAUGUGUCAAAACUUUACCAGUACUAUUUAUAAUGAGUACAAUCAAGUAUUGACGUGACUGCCCAUCCAUAUUUAUUAUGAUUAGCAAUCAUCAUGUAAAAGUAUUCAUCAAUUCAUUGCAUUGGAGGUAGACAACUUGAAGUAAGCAAACUGUUCAUGUAUAUUAAUGAUAAUAAUGCUAUUCUGAGAUUUUGUAGUGCUAAAUGCAUCAACGAUGUCUUUGCUUUACAGGUAUUAUUUGCCCAGUUUUACACGAGUGCUUUAGAAAAGUAAUGAUAUACAUUAUGAACUUCAUGAAAUAUAGCCUAUAGCUUUCAAGCAACACAUACAGUAUCUGUUUGACCAAAUGAUAGUUACUAAAAGGGUAAAUCCAUCAGUGUUUGUGUGCAUUUUAAAAUAACAGUAAUGUUUGAAUUCAUUCUGCACCAUACUUGGUUCUGAUUGUAUUUUACUAUAGACAUGUAAAUAGUUUGAUAUUUGAGAUCUGCAAACAAUGCAGCAUUUUGUGUAUUGAUGUUAGUUUUGAUGAUCUUUUGUUCCAAAAAUAUAUAGUUAGUACCUUUAAGAAAUGCACAGCAGGAGUCGUAUUUUAUUCACUUUAAACAGUCACUUCUUGUCAUGAAAUACGUUUAUGAAAUGAUACACCACCUGACUGUGAUAGCUAGGUGUAUGUAAGCCUAAGCUUUUAAGUGAUAUUUAACAUGAAAUAUUUUUAUUCUAAAUGUUUGUUUUGUAGCA